CGUGCGCUUACUACAACUUUCACCGUCAACCAAGCCCAAGUGAAUUCUAUACCCAGCAACACCAACCAGCAGUAGUCCAUUCACCCAACAACCCAUCGCACAUCAUCAUCAUCGUCCCUUUCACCGGAUCCCCCGAGGACGACAAGGCACAAAACUGGAAGUAAAUGGUGGAGGGGUGAUUAAUUCAUCCGUCGUCGUCUCCCAUACACCCCACAAAAUAAAUAAAUAUUUCUGCUCUUCGUCUUCCUUCACCACGGGAUCCUGUCCUCUUGUUUGGGGGAGUUUAAGAAGAAACUCGAAAAUUUAAUUUCUGGACGUUGUUAUUAUUUCAAGAAUUUUUCAAGGGAAUGGAGAGCUUGAGACUGGAUAUUAUUAAGAGGAUACAACAACACGACGAGACUGAACUCGUGAUAUACGUAUCGAAUGGGGAACACUGCUGGAUGUCCUGAAAGUAGGGUUCCAGAAGCAAUUGACCCCAAAAUCUCUGUUGAAUAUUGAUGGAAGUAAAGUCUGUUCCUUGCACCGAGAGAAGUGUCCCUUUCGAAUUGCUGGAGGAGAUGAAGACUGAAAAUUUGGGGGGAACAGGGGGUUCAGGAAAUAGCUGUGGUAGUAAUAGUAGUGGUAGCAGCAGUGGGACGAAUACUGCGUCAAAAAUGUCGACUGAAGAUAUGCCCACCACGAUGGGAAAGCAACAGCAGAAGAAAAGCUGGGCCGAGUUGCGAGAAGACGUUCGAAAUCUACGAAGGAAACUUUGGACUCUUGGCUUCCGUCUUCCUCAUUCGUUCACGUUUAGAAAAAUGGCUGGCAAGACGAGGAUUUACUUUAUGGCCAGUCCACCCAAUUCGAGAGAUAACUCCAUUUUUGCAGUCGAUGUUCCCCACACGAUGCAGGGAGUGUCACGGUUCAGUCAGCAACCUCUAGUGAAAUUUCCGUGGAUUCAGAUCCUGGCGUCGGGAUUUCCGGUAUGCAAUGGUGGGAUACCUCAUACGAAAGCUGAAUUAUUGAUGAUGGAGCGGAAAAGAAUGACCCCGACAGGAAUAGCUGACUAUGAAUUUCACGAACCUACUGCCAAAUUUGUUUUCACAGCCUCUUCCUCGCUGUACCAGUGUGUAGACGAUGUUGCAGUAACUGAAUACCCACUUUCACCGACGGAAAUAAGAACGCCAGAGACAACCGGAGCCCGUAUGAAUGCCACUAUUUGUCCCGACAAUUCAAAUCUAAUUGCAUUUGUUAACGACGGAGAUAUCUGGGUAGUAAAUUGUUUCUCGGGUGAUGAAAAAAGGCUGACAUUUGCUCGCACGAAUGAUGUUAACAUUGAAGAAGAUCCUGUGAGUGCUGGAUUACCGUCGUACAUUAUUCAAGAAGAGUUUAAUAGAUUUGAAGGGUUUUGGUGGCAGCCUGCAAGUCGUGAUAAAAGCAACCUAAGCGACGCAAACGUGUAUCGCCUGAUGUAUGAAGAAGUUGACGAGUCUAGCGUUAACCUGGUUAGUUUGCUCACACUACCAGGACGCGAACCUGAAAAGUAUCGUUUUCCAACGCCUGGAACAGCCAAUGCUACAUCAACCUUAAGAUUUGUUCAGUUUGAAUUGGAUAUGCGACAGACAAUCCAAAACAUUCACAACUUUGAUUUGAUGUACUCAAUUCCUCAAAUUUUUCCAUGGGCUGAAUACGUAGUCAGGGCGGGAUGGGUUCCAGAAGGCACUCAUGUGUGGACACAAUUGUUGGACCGACAACAGCAACGAUUGGAACUUAUUAUUUUUCCUUUUACACUCACAAACAUAAACAUAACUGACAAUGCUGAAAUUGUCUCGGGAAAUGGAGAUAAUUGCACGGCGGAAAAUGGACUACCAACUGCACCCGUUUAUGUGGUUUAUGCUGAACGAACUGACGUAUGGAUUAAUGUCCACGAUAUUCUUGCUUUCCUCCCUUGUGACGACCCGAAGAUGAUCAUGUUUUUGUGGGCAAGCGAAGAGUCCGGGCAUCGGCAUUUGUAUCUCAUAAAAUCCGAAAUGCGCCCAGCAAUUGAGAGUUCUUGGCCAACUGCACGCCAUCCACCCCUCUACUUGUCACCUAAAGUUCACAUGAAGUGCGCGCUGACAUCAGGAGACUGGGAAGUGAUGAAUUCUGCAAUAGCAGUGCGUUACAAUGUUGGGCUGAUAUUCCUUAUGGGACUUAAGGACAGCCCGAUCGAGCGACAUUUGUAUGUCGUUUCCACCAACCAACCUGGCGAAAUAAGAAGGCUCACCACUCCUGGGCAUUCGUACACUGCGUACUUUAACGAGGAAUGUUCCCUCGUCAUUUUGACCUAUAGCAGUGUCAAAGAUCCUCCCGUUUGCAUCAUUCACCGCGUUCACUAUACGGACAGCUCUAUUCAUGGCGUCACCCUUGAGCCUCUGAGCUACUUAGCAGAACCCCCAAAUGUGGACCCGUCCUUUAGUUUUCCGGACAUUUAUUGUUAUCAAAAUGAAUACGGCGAUGACUUAUACGCCAUGGUAUACAAGCCGUUCGACUUUGACCCAAAAAAGAAGUAUCCAACAAUUUUAAACGUUUAUGGAGGUCCCGAGGUGCAACUGGUGUAUAAUUCGUUCAGAGGGGUUGGACAGCUUUGGUUGUACUUAUUGGCAUCACAGGGCUACUGCGUUGUAUCAGUAGACUCAAGAGGCUCGCAUCACCGCGGAGUCCAGUUUGAAAGCCAUAUUCGUCGACGCAUGGGUACGGUAGAAUUAAAUGACCAAGUCGAAGUUUUAGAAUGGCUUGCAAAGAGAGAUCAGUUCAUCGAUUUGACUAGAGUUGGAAUUUAUGGAUGGUCGUAUGGUGGCUACCUUAGUUUGAUGGGUCUCAUUCACUUUCCAAAACUGUUCAAGGUUUGUGUAGCUGGAGCACCUGUAACGUCUUGGGAACUUUAUGAUUCCGGAUACACCGAGCGAUACAUGGACCUUCCCCAAAAUAACCCUGUCGGUUACAAGGAGGGGUCUGUAUUGACUUAUGCACACCAAUUUCCGGACGAAGUUGGACGAUUGCUCUUGGUCCAUGGGAUGAGUGAUGAGAAUGUUCAUUUCGUGCAUACUGCAGAACUUCUUAACGCCCUGGUCAGGUGGGGAAAGCCAUACCAGUUGCAGCUAUAUCCUUGCGAGCGGCAUAGUUUGCGUCGUCUUGAUGCAAGUGAGCACUACGAAACCGUUCUGCUCUCCUUUCUUCAGCAGCAGCUUCUCUGACCUAUCUCAAAUUACGAAUUUAUUAUGUUAUUCUUUGUGUUUGCACUUAAUAUUGUACAAUUUGACGACGCGGAGCGCAUAAGAUAUAGAUUAGACUUGGUAACAAUUACAUACAUAAAUAUAUACUUCAUUAGCUAGUUUUUAUUGUUGAGACUUUGUACAGCAUGAAAUUCAUAAAUAACUAAUAGUAUUUCAUUCUCUGGUUUACACUAUCGUCGUUUUUUGAGUGAGGAACGUAUGCAAAAUAUACUUUACGCAUGGUUUCCAACCGUGUGACCAUAAAAUAUCUAUUGAGUACCUUUAACUAAUAUGUACUGCCUGACAAUUGUGACAUUUUUAUCAGAGUCUGCUGCACAAUCUCAAAUAAUGACCAACACAACGGAAAACACAAAUUUUUAACCUUCCUUAAUAUACCAAAAAUAAUCUAAAAAUUGACAGCUCUAUACAAUGCCCGAUAACUCAAGUGACGCGACACGAAUGCAUGAAUGGUCGUUGAACAACAAAUUAAGCUACAUAUUAUUAUGAUUAUCUACGAGAGAACUGUAAUGUUCUUUCAACGAAAUUUGUUACACAACGCGUAUAGUUACACCAAAUAAACAAAAUUCUAGAAAUUUUA